GCGAACUCCACGAGCUCCAACCCAAGAACACCAUGGCUCCCCAGACCGCUGCCGGCUCUGCCCCCACCGAAGGCACCUUCACCGUGAAGGCCGGCCUGGCCAAGAUGCUCAAGGGCGGUGUCAUCAUGGACGUGACCAACGCCGAGCAGGCCCGCAUCGCCGAGGAGGCCGGCGCCGUGGCCGUCAUGGCCCUCGAGCGCAUCCCCGCCGACAUCCGCGUGGACGGCGGCGUGGCCCGCAUGAGCGACCCGCAGAUGAUCGCCGAGAUCAAGAAGGCCGUGACGAUCCCCGUCAUGGCCAAGGCCCGCAUCGGCCACUUCGUGGAGGCCCAGAUCCUCGAGGCCACCGAGAUCGACUACAUCGACGAGAGCGAGGUGCUGACCAUGGCCGACGAGGAGAACCACAUCAACAAGCACAAGUUCAAGGUGCCGUUCGUGUGCGGCUGCCGCAACCUGGGCGAGGCCCUGCGCCGUGUCGCCGAGGGUGCCGCUAUGCUGCGCACCAAGGGCGAGGCCGGCACCGGCAACGUCGUGGAGGCUGUGCGCCACGCGCGCUCGGUGCACCGCGAGAUCCGCCGUCUGCAGUCCAUGGACGAGGACGAGCUGUUCGUCGCCGCCAAGGAGAUGCAGGCUCCGUACGAGCUCGUGAAGCAGGUCGCCACCACGGGCAAGCUGCCGGUCGUCAACUUUGCCGCCGGUGGCGUUGCCACCCCCGCUGACGCUGCUCUCAUGAUGCAGCUCGGCAUGGACGGCGUGUUCGUCGGCUCGGGCAUAUUCAAGAGCGGCGACCCGGCCAAGCGUGCUCGCGCCAUGGUGCAGGCCGUGACCCACUUCAACGACGCCAAGAUCCUCAAGGAGAUCUCGACCGACCUCGGCGAGGCUAUGGUGGGCGUGCAGGACCUGAAGGCUGCGUCCGUCAACUUCCGUGACCGUGAGGGCAAGCUCCACGGCGCCUGGUAAAUGCGCCCUGGCACUUGCACUAUUCUACAGUAGGCGGCGGUGAUCCUCUCUGCAGCGGAAUGCGCGCAGGAGUGUCGUGACCAAGUAGCAUACUGCAAGCGUAUCGCUUCGCACUGUCAAUAUAUUGUUAUUGCUCAAGCUAUGUAGUAUCUCUUGUUCCGGGUGCGUUUGGAACGUCAAUAUGUGGUCAUGACGCACUAUUAUUUGCACACGUUGGCCUCGAAAGGCUCGCCGGCAUGUUGAAUUGUGCUUUUGAUAGCUUGGUAAGUCAUGAGCACCGCUCCGAUGCAAAUGGUUGCACCAAUGCACAGGACAAUGAUGGACUGGCGUCCUGUUCGGCGCACGAAGCCAAGGAUCACGACUUGCGAGAUCGCGGUGACGACGAAGGCCAGCGCACAGAGCAACAAGGCCCAAUCCCACGCGAUCAUGUUGAACACGGCAAACUUGGCAGUCGCUGCAGCCGACGAGUAGAGCACCAUGAGCGCCGUGGUCGCUGAAGCAACUUCGGGGACAAUCCCCAUCUCAAUCAUCAGAGGACCAGUGACUAUUCCCCCUCCGACGCCGAACAGACCGGCAAUGAGACCGGCGCCGGCACAAGCUAGUGGGAAGCGAACCACCGUCUCCUUCGUCCAGUGGAUAUCGCCCGCUGCAAACACGUAGUUGACCGACACCUUGCGGCAGUGCUGCUUGAAGAGGUAUAUGGCUGUGCAAACGCCGAAGCCGCAGAUCCACGGGACCUCCAUGAUCAAUAGCAACCAAUACGCAACGCCACCACACGUCACAGCUGCUCCGCCGAUACUUGCCGCUACGAUGCCCAAGUAGCAGAGCAUGAUGACUCCUUGCUUGGCCAGCGAGAAAUGGCGUUCCCGUUCGGUGAUCUCCGCCAGCACCUCGUCGUCCGCCACCAUGCCGGAACCAUCACACUCGUUUGACAAGCUCCCGGAUCCUUUGAGUAGGGAGUCGCGAGCACCAUCGCUGCCCAUUUCGUCCGUCACUUUAUCCUCCGCGCACGAGCUCGGAGAACAUACAGCCACGUAGGCAGCAGCUCGCUGUUCUUCUGUCGAUUCCGUUGCUGGAGUGGGGGCAACUUCCUGCACCUUGCAGCUUUUCAUCUCAGCGCGGUACAUCUUGAUGCCUUUCGACACUGCACGGAAGCCGCCCAACACGAGCACCACGACGAAAAACAGGGAGAGCAAGUAGCUUGGCAACAACUUGGCCAGGAUAGUGCCCACCACGGCACCGCCCAUGACCAGCGGUAUCAUCGCCAACGCCAAGUCCGAGUCGAUCAGUGGGCGAUCCACGGCCGGGUGGCGUUUGCGGAUGUUGAACCAGGCGUUGGCGACAGCUCCACCGACGAUGGCCAGGUUGGACACGGGUGUAGCGCGCUUGAUGUCGAAACCCAUGAUGAGGAUCAUGGCUGGAACGAGGAUGGUUCCGCCGCCUACGCCGCCGGCCGCCGAGACUGCGAGCCCCACUGCGAUGAAGACGAGCGCAAGCGCGUCGUACGUAUCGAAGGUUGAAAUACUUCGCAGCUCCGGAACCCCGCCACUGGAGCUUUUGUCAUCCGAUGAGGCAGAAGAUGUCAACGAGAGCACGGAGAUCAACAGAGCGGUCAAGGCCAAUGCUGCGCAUCGGUAUCCAGCGUGUCUGCCCAUGGGUAGCUCUGCACUAGAGUUUUGACUCUGGUGCGUGGAGCUUGAAUGAGAAUGCCCAUCUAGACGCGAACUUCUCGCACGUGCCAGUGGUUUUGUAGGGUUACCUUGAAUAGAUGGCGGCCUGGACGGUUGUAGUUUUCCGGCGUUGGAGGCUGCGAUCCGAAACUGUCGCGGAGCAGAGGAACGUUCGCUUGGGCGUCGAAUACUUGCCUGCGCCAUCACAGCUGCAUAGAGGCACUCUACUUUGAUCAAGACUUUCAUUAUCUUUGCUAUACCCAACGAAGGUGAACACAACUACUAGUUGCAAAUGUCCGCGGAGAACGGAUCGCCAGCGGUGUCGACCGUGGAUUUAAUGGCCUGGUACGUCAUGAUCACUGCUCCGAUCAACACAGCCGUAGCGAUGCACAGAACGAUGAUGGACUGGCGACCCGUCCUGCGAACGAAGCCCAAAAUCACCACUUGCGAUGCAGAAGUCACCACGAACGCCACCGCACACAGCAGCAGGGCCCAGUCCCAAGCAAUCAUCUUGAACACUGCGAACUUCGCUGUAGCGGCCGCCGACGAGUACAAAAUCAUCAGCGCCGUUGUUGAUGAAGCCACCUCCG